GGCGCAGGCAGUGUGGCGAUGUUGAAGUCUAAGCGACUCAAGGUCACGGACUUGAACCCGCACUUAUCCUGCAUCCUCUGCGGAGGCUAUUUUAUUGAUGCGACCACCAUCACUGAGUGCCUACACUCCUUUUGCAGAGCAUGCAUUGUGCGGUAUUUGGAGACAAGCAAGUACUGCCCUGUGUGCGAAGUACAGGUUCACAAGUCCCGGCCUCUGCAUUACAUACGGUCGGAUAAGAUGUUGCAGGAUAUAGUUUAUAAGCUCGUCCCUGGUCUGUUUGAUAAUGAAAUGAAAAGGAGAAGAGAACUUUAUGCAUCCCAGCCUCCUGAAGCCAUCAAAGAAUCUCGUGAUGCCGAAGACCGAGGGGAAUGCUUGGACGAGAAAUUCAUCUACGCGCCGGAUGAAAUUUUCAGUCUCUCUAUCGAGUUUGGGUGUGAGGAAAAUCAAAGUGUUUCAUCCGAUGAUGCUGACGACCUGGCUCCUAAAAGACGUUUCUUGCGAUGUCCGGCUGCUGUGACCAUUGGACACCUAAAGAAGUUUAUCCGCAUGAAAUAUGGCAUCCCCAAUGCUUAUGAGAUUGACUUGAGGUACGACAAAGAGUCUGUUUUAGAUGAAUAUACUUUGAUGGAUGUUGCUUACAUCUUUCUGUGGCAGAGGAAAGGACCGAUGCGUUUUAAGUACAGAAUCAUGGAGAGGCCUCCUCGAGUUAUAGAAACGGAAAGUAGGCCGAUAAAGCAAGAAAUUGCAGAAGAUGAUAAGAUACAAGGGUUAAAUGAAGUUAAGCCUGAAGUGGAAAAGGAGAGCUCGGCAGAUAUACCCAUGCAACAAGCACCUCCGGAAAUCUUGCCCGACGUGAAGAAAGAAGAUGGCGCUAGUGCUACAGACAAUGGAAUGGAUAUCGUUGUAGAAGAUCCUAAACGUGAGCCAAAACCGAAAGUAGAACAAGAACUUACAGAAAAAUCUCCGAAUAGGCAACCACCUCCUGAGGAAAAAGUGGGUAAAAAAGACACUUUCGAACCACCAGAAACUGUACAUGUCUCCUCAAAGAAAGACUCUAAAUCAAAUGUGUUUAAAUUUCCUCCCAGUUCCUUGCAUAAAAGUUCAAGUUCCGAGAACAAACCUGCUGUGAUGACUGUUGCUCCCCUCACCAAAACAUCUGCUUCUGAGCCAACUUCCAGUACUACGUCGUCAACUGGUACUGUCACGCAUGGACUCUAUACAGGCAUUUCUAUAAAGAAAUCUCCUCCAAAUACGCUACCGCCAUUUAGAAUCUCAUCCCACCUGCUGCCACCUCGUGUUCCACCCCUUAAGCUGUCUCCCCCUCGCUUUUCCAGCGGCUCCAAACUGGAAUACUGCUUGCGACAAAUGUCCCCCAAAGAAACUUCAUCUUACAAGAAAUCCUCCUCAAAAAAGUCGAGAUCAUCCCGAAGCUCCUUGGAUAAGUUAGAAUCAAAGGUUGCGCAACUGAAAUCCGCUUCUAUUAAGAGUGUGGCUCCUCUAGUGAUAUCCGUCCCCUCAGAAUCAAAAAUAACUGAACGGAAGGCUGUUCCUGAACCUCCAUUGGUUGAGAAAAAGGUAGAAGAAUCAGCUUCGUCAAAAGCCACGGUGAAUGAAACUGUAACAUCAGAAGAAACUAAGAGCACAUACGAUGACGACAAAAUGGAUCUUGAUAACGAUCUAUUUGAAGGACCUUUGGUGAUUGCUGAGCCUGAUGUCGUGUCCAAAGAGGACUCUGACAGCUCCAACGGCAAACUUCCGGACAUCCAUUCCAAGGAGAAUUCCAAAGAAGAGGAUCCGGAAGAUGAAGAGAUCGAUGUCGUUGAUGAUAUUGAAGUUGACAGCGGAAGGGGUAGCGACAGCAGCAGUCGUGCCGAAGCGAGAUCGUUGUGUGGUGACGACGAUUUGGGCUCGCCAGACUCUGUUCCGAAGACACCCGAAUUGGACCGCCAACCUGUUGUGUCGCUGCAAAACCUAUGCCAUCUAACAUCGGAAACGAAACCAGUUUCUGCGAAAUGCAAUGGUGUGUCCUCUCGAAUGAGCAGCAGCAGCACGUCUCCCGUGAUCAACGGAGGAGGCGACUGUGGUGUUUUGGACUUGUCGAAAUGCAGCAGAAAGCGCGUGCACGAGCCCGAUUCGCCAAUGCAACGUUCCAAACCGAACGUUGCCAACCCGGCAGUCCUCGACAAGAAUCGUCAAACGACGUCGUGUCCUAAACCAGACCAUCCGUCUUUCAAAGAUGCGACUACGGUGCUUCCCCACGUCAAUAUCUUCAAGAGCAAGUCUGAGCCAAGCCCGAACUUUAAAUGCAUUAUUCCUCCGACAAAUGGAAACAGACAAAAGAUUGUUAUUAAGAACUUGGGGCCAAGUCCAAACCGCUUACCUGAUCGCUUUCAUCAUCACCAUCAUAAUCAUAAUCAUCACAGUCAUCAUCACCACCAUCAAAGGAUGUAAAAAGCAUGUACAAAAAGGACAUUGUAGAAAUUUUGAAAUUUUCAUGUAUUAUGGAGGGCAAAACAGUGAAAGAGAACAUUAAAAGCACAGAUGGCAUAUUAAUUAAAAUUUCUUGGUUUUUUCCUUUUUUUUUCUUUUGAGGUGAGGGGAUGAAAGUACAAUUUUACUUUUUGCUUCCUUAAUUAAUUAUUAUUUAUUGGUUAACUUAAAAAAGAACGCAUUUACUUUGAGCUGCUAAGUAGUUUGUCUAAAUGAGACAUUUGUCAGGGAACUUUCUACCACAAUAAUGAAAACGAGAGCCCGGAUCAUAUGCAAAUGGCAGUAUGUGCAAAAACAAUUGCAUAUUUUUGCUUUUUUUGACGAAAAAAAAAAUAUGCACUGCAUUAAAACUACAUCCUCAAAAUAACUUCACAUCAGUGCGUUUUUUAUUAACUUAUAUAAUUUUUCGUCCCCCCCCCCCCUCCAUUUGAGAAAGGCACAAAAAACUAUUUUGUUCUUCAUGAAGUACAAAUGAUCAGGCGACCUGCGCGUUUUUCUCGGGCCGUCCGAUUUUAUUUUUAUUUAUUUAUUUAUUAUUAUUAUUUUUUUUUUUUUUUUUUUUUUUUUUUUUGCAUACUGUUAAUGCGCAUACUACUUUUUGUGCAUUGGAUCGCCAAAAAUAAAAACAUGCACAAAUAGAAAGGACCUUCGUGUUUUUAUUCAAAUGUUCAGAAAACUUUUACUUGCAUG